UGAUGAAAACAGGAAGUGUGAAGAUGGGGUUUCUGCCCUGUGUUUUCUUCACCGCCGCCUUGUGUCUCGCCCAGAUACAGAUGAUAUCUUGUAAAACAACGUUCUUCUUCGAUGUCAGUGAAAUCCGAAAUAUCGGAAAUAAGAUUCAGGGAGGAGCUUGUUGUCAAGGCUUGAAUGGCACUCAGUGCAGUGCGUUGUGUCGACCAAUUCUGACUAUAUGUCUUACAACUGUUUUAAGAAAUGACUCCAAUAUGUGUGACAAUUCCGUUACAACGACUGUCGACAUGAAACGAGAGGAUGUGAUACUUGGAUCCAGAAUAGGAAACGCAACCAACCCUCUACUGGUAGAAGUGGACGAAUGGCAUGGAUCAUGGGGUAGGAUCGAUAUCACAGUGAAAGACAGGCAGUCUUCAUCACAACCCGUAAUCUACAGGACGGAGUUUCCAAAUUAUCAUCUAAGAAUUGGAGACAAUAUACUUUCUCAGAAUUGGAGACAGAAACGACUAACAUCGUCUUUCGUUAUUGACAGGAAUCAGUUCAGUAUAACAAUAACAUACAAGGCCUACUGUUCCGAGGGAUAUUAUGGGACACACUGUACAGAGCACUGCCCGGGUAACCCAAACAAGUGUACAAUUAACGGUCAUACCUACUGUAAAAUGGGUUGGCGUGGCGUCAACUGUGACCAAGAUAUAAAUGAAUGUUCUACACGCAAUUUCUGCAAUCGUGGUAACUGUACAAACACUGUUGGUAGUUUUCAUUGUACCUGUCCUCCCUCCGUGUACGGUCUGAAGUGUCAAAUUGAUGAGGAUGAAUGUUUACUGGAGCCUUGUAAUGGUGGAGAGUGUAUCAACAAAAUAGGGAGUUACCAGUGUCAGUGUAAGAACGGAACUACUGGUACAAACUGUGAAACUUUAACGGCGCACACGUGUUCCGGCAUCACGUGUAAUAACCAUGGAGCGUGUAGUGUCCAACACCAUAAGGCAGUGUGUACGUGUGAUACAGGCUACUCUGGGACUGACUGCUCGGUCAGAGACUUCUGUAGAAACAACAAUUGUCAACAUAAUUCUACUUGCAUUAAUGUUGACAAAAGCUAUAUCUGUUAUUGCCCAAAAGGUUAUAAUGGUCCAUAUUGCGAAAUUCAGGACUAUUGCUCCAGCAACCCUUGCCAAAAUUCGGGAAUUUGUACAAAUACACCCACAGCAUAUCGAUGCAAAUGCGUGGAUUAUUUUUUCGGGAGAACUUGUGGCGAAUAUGACUACUGUGGACGGAAUUGCAUCGGUAAUGGUAUUUGCCAUACUAUAGAAAAGAACCAUAGUUGCACUUGUCACGCGGGAUUCAAAGGUAAUGACUGUGAAAUUCGUGACUAUUGCUACAAUGUGAACUGCUCAAAUCGAGGACAAUGCUCUAACAAACAAUUCACAUACACAUGUAUAUGCAACGCCGGAUACAUCGGUAAAGACUGUGAGUCACGUGAUCAUUGCUAUAAUACUACUUGCUAUCAACAUGGAAGGUGUAUGAAUACACAUGACGAUUACACUUGUAAUUGUAGCCAAGGUUAUAUUGGUAAGGAUUGUGAAUAUGACAGUUGCCUCAAUCACACUUGCCAAAAUGGUGCGACAUGUCAAUACAAUGUAUCCGGCAACAGGAGCUUUUGUAUUUGUCCUUCCGGAUAUUAUGGGGAUCAAUGCGAAAAAUGUUUGGGACAUACGUGCAUUCAUUUUCCCAACACUGUAUCGGUUUUCCCAUCGACCGUGUACACUCCCCCUUCCCACAACUCAACAGUUAUAUAUAAAAGACAAUGCAGUUCUUCGUCCUGUAAUAAUCAUGGCAAGUGUUUCCCAGAAAAUAAUUCAAAAGGUUAUCUUUGUGAAUGUGAAGAAGCCUGGUCUGGUCUGGACUGUGAACGCUUUGAUUAUUGUCACAACAUCAGCUGCUCUCAGCACGGAACCUGUUUUGUCGGCCAGACGGAUUUCUUUUGCUUCUGUGAAAAACACCAUUUAGGCAAAACAUGCAAUGUGUCUAAUUAUUGUAAAUCUGACUCUUGUACAUCACCACGUGUUUGUAAGGAAAAAGAAGAUGGAUAUAUUUGUGGCUGUCCAGAUGGAUUAAGUGGAGUCCACUGUGAAAUGGUGAAUCAUUGCUUCAAUAACCCGUGUGGAGAGCACGGUUUAUGCAAUAAUUCUAAUACAGGGUUUAAAUGCAUCUGUGAAAAAGGUUGGAUUGGUCCCAACUGUUCUGAUAUUGACUACUGCUAUGGUGAUCCCUGUGGAAGUCAUGGAAUCUGUCAAUAUUCAUUCAAUGAUUUCAACUGUACCUGCAGGUCGGGUUACACAGGAAGUCAGUGUAAUGAGACGGACUUUUGUUACUGGAAUUCAUGUCAUAAUAAUGGGACGUGUAUAUCAACGUCAGUGGACUAUCUAUGUAUUUGUCCAAACAUGUGGACCGGUAAAAACUGUUCGGAGAGAAAUAUCUGUCUCUUGGAUAACCCUUGCAAUAAGCAUGGACAUUGUUAUCAAAAUGAGUCCGAUUUUCACUGUUCUUGUUCUGUAGGUUGGAUGGGUCGUUUCUGCAAUAUUUCUGAUCAUUGUCACAGUUCUCCUUGUGGAGAUCACGGGACUUGUCAAAAUAACCUAGAUUCCUUCCACUGUAUUUGUGAUUCACGAUGGACGGGUAAUAAUUGUCAAAUUGAUGCGUGUGAAAAUCAGACUUGUAGCUACAAUGGGAUAUGUACUGCGCGAUAUUCAACAUAUCAUUGUGAGUGCAGUAAAGGAUGGGUUGGUAAAAGAUGUGGCAUUCCUGAUCCGUGUCAGAAUAUCUCCUGUGAAAAUGGUGGUAUCUGUCAACCUAAACUUGUGCGAAAUGUAGACAUUCUUGACCCAAUAUCUUUAUUCAAACCGGAAAAUUCUUCAGACGAUAUUAACAUUACAACAGUUCCUGAAUGUAAGUGUCCGAACGAAUGGGAAGGCCGACUAUGCGAAAAUGAUGUCAAUGAGUGUUUAAACAAAACCGCUUGUAACGGGCAUGGGUAUUGCAUUAACAAUGUGGGGAAUCACACCUGUAUAUGCGAACAUGGUUGGAGAGGGUUGAACUGUGAAGAAAACAUUAAUGAAUGUAUAUCAAUCCCUUGUGAAAAUGAUGGAACCUGCAUAGAUGGCAUAAACAGUUUUUCCUGCAUUUGUUCUGACUUCUGGGAAGGUGAUUCUUGUCAGCGAGAUGUGAACGAAUGCAAGUAUUUCCCUUGUGGAGUUCAUGGAAAGUGUAUAAAUUCUGAAGGAAACUACACCUGUAUUUGUGAAGAUUCCUGGACAGGCAGACACUGUGAAAGUCACAUCAAAUCGUGCACAUUAGAACCAUGCAAAAACAACGCUACCUGCAUAGACCUUGAAGAAACUUUCUUCUGUACAUGCAUCAAUAGAUUCACCGGGCGGUAUUGCAACACCGAUAUUGACGAAUGUUCAACUACUCCGUGCAAAAAUGGCGCAACUUGUCUCAAUACUUAUGGCUCUUAUCACUGUUUAUGUUCAAAAGAAUGGACUGGUUUAUAUUGCGAGGAAGAUGUCGACGAAUGCUCCAGUGACCCUUGUCCGAGAAACACUACGUGUAUCAACACAUUAAAAGGAUAUCAUUGCGCUGAUUGUUCUACUUUCCCCUGCUCAAACGGAGGACGGUGUGCUGAUACUGAGGUCGGGCCUGUAUGCAAUUGCUCGAUCCACUGGACGGGGUCUACCUGUCAGCAGCGAAACUACUGUUACAAUAAUCCUUGUGGUCCUUUGGAAGUUUGUAUAAACACGAACACGGCCUAUUCGUGUGAGUACCAUCCCUGUAUAAGUUCACCAUGUCAAAAUAAUGGAUCUUGUACAGAAACUGGUGUUGGAGUGGUCUGUAAUUGUUCUUAUGGAUGGACGGGUCAUACAUGCGCGGAGAGAGAUUACUGUGCUUUCACAUCCUGUUUCAAUAAUGGCACUUGCAUGAAUACUGACGUAUCUUCUCAGUGUCAAUGCACUGAAGAUUGGUAUGGUGAUAAAUGUGAAAACUUCAAUUUCUGUCACUCCUCUCCGUGCCUUCAUGGUGGGGUGUGUAGAAAUAUACAAGGAAAUUUUACGUGUGAAUGUCCGCGAGGCUGGAUAGGAACACAAUGCGAAACACGUGAUUAUUGUUAUAAUUUGCCAUGCUUGAACAAUGGCCUUUGUAUCAACCACAAUACAUCAUAUUCAUGUUCUUGCACGGCACAAUGGACAGGAAUGAACUGUGAGUCGUAUAAUUAUUGUCAUAUCAAUCCUUGUAACAACAGGGGAUUCUGUUUUAAUAAUGAUACAAAUUAUAUGUGUUCGUGCAAUCGUGGUUUCAUGGGUAGAAACUGUGACGAAACCGAUUAUUGUGCAUCCAGUCCUUGUUUGAAUAAUGGAACUUGCGCCUCGGAGCCGUACGGGUACCUUUGUCACUGCCACGCAGGCUACAUAGGAAAAAGCUGUGAGCGUGAUAUGGACGAAUGUGCUUUUGAUCUGUGCCCUGUGAGAUCAACAUGCUUCAAUAACAAUGGCGGAUACACCUGCGUAUGGAACGACAGGCGACGUAGAGGCAAUGUAACGGGUAGACGGAUCCACACAAUGGAACUUCCAUAUACAGCAAACACAUUGAACUUGGUGAACAAUCAGACGUUACUUAGGUCAUUACUUGCAAAGGAUGUGUGCGAAUAUCCUAGACACUUCGCCCUUCAUCCACUGAGUUUGAAAGCAUCACCUAGUGAACGUAUGGUGUGGCUGACUUUUCAAGCAUCCUGUCAGAAUUGACAUACAGUUCAUACACGAGUACUGAUUUGGAGGGAGAGUCAUACAGUUACAGUCAGUGGCACGUGUAAAUUUGGCGAUAUUUUGUGAAAUGAUAACAAUGACUACUUCCAUAUUUUUUUAUUUGUCAUUUUCAAUCUCGAAACUUACAAUUGUAAUGUAUGAUUAAAGAAAUAUUAAUUAA